GUCACGUGACUGCCCCUAACCACGUGACUCGGUCCUCACCAGCACAUCCCAUUCUAGACACAGCCCUGCAGAGAAGUUAGUGGCCUGGGUGCCUGAAGUUGACCAAGUUGAUGUCUCUUCCACAAUAACCGUCCUCACUGACCCACCAAAGAUGGAGAAGGACAGAAAACAUGUAUCUGAAAGGAUAUUACAUGCCACUCUAGAGAUCAUCUAUCUGUUAACUGGAGAGGGUUACACUGUAGUGAAAAAGAUCCCAGGUGAAGGAUGGAGCAGAGCCCAGAUCCCUGUCACAUUGUCUCCACCGCACUUACUGAUCAAUGACGGAAACAAUGAUCUGAAGAUCCUAGAGAUCACCAAUAAGAUUAUUGAGAUACUGACUAGAGAGGUUCCUUUUAGAUGUCAGGAUGUCACCAUCCAUUUCUCCAUAGAGGAGUGGGAGUAUUUCAAAGAUCACAAGGACCAGUAUAAUGAUGUCAUUAUGGAAAAUUUCCAGCCUCUCACAUUAGUAGAUGAGUCAUGGAAGAGGAACCUUCCAGAAUGUAGUCCUAGUCCUCUGUAUUUACAAGAUGGUCUGGAAAGAAAUAACAAAGUCCUUCAUGACAACCAGGUUGAAGUUUGGACAAAUAAUUUAGGAGACGUUCUAACACGGGAAAAAAAUACAUAUGUGGCGGUCAACCAGCAGAUAUCUUCUACAGAUAUCAGUACAGCAGUUGACUGCCGAAAAAACACGAGGGGACGUCUCCUUUUAACUCCACAUCAUGAAGUAGAAUAUAACAUCACUGAUGAUACCAGAGGACAUUCAAUUACUGCAGAUAUACCCAUAGACCUUUACAGAGAUUUAUAUACUGAUUCCACUAUUCACAAUAAACCAUCAUCUGAUCAGCCACCAAUUUUUAAACAAGAUACUGGUCACAGAGGUGGUAAAAUAUUUCCAUGUUAUAUAUGUAGUAAAUAUUUUAAGAAGAAAUUGGGUCUAUGCACACACAGGAGAGGUUAUAGAAAAGAGAAGCAAUUUUCGUGUUCCAAAUGUUUCAUCAGGAAAUCAGCUCCAAAUAAACAUCAGAUAAAUCAUACAAGGGAGAAGAAACUUUUAUGUUCAGAAUGUGGAAAGUGUUUAUCGAAGAAACCAAAUCUUGACCAUCAAAGAGUUCACGCAGGAGAGAAGCCAUAUGCUUUUAUAGAAUGUGAGAACUGGUUUUCUAAAAAAUCUAAUCUUUUUGACCUUCACGGAACUCACAUGGGAGAGAAGGCAUUUUUGUGUUCAGAAUGUGGGAAAUGUUUUAACCAGAAGUCAGAUCUUCUCAAUCAUCUAACUUUUCAUACAGGGAAAAAAACAUUUUCAUCUACAGCUCGUGGGAAAGGUGUAAACCAUCAAAAAAAUUACAUUGGGGACAAGCCAUUUUCAUGCCCAGAAUGUGGAAAAAGUUUCACCAGAAAGUCUGUGCUUGUUGAACACCAGAAAACUCACACAGUAAAGAAUGCAAUUUCUUGUUCAGAAUGCGGGAAAUGUUUUACCCAGAAAUCAAAUCUAUAUAGACAUCAAAGAAAUCACAGAGGAGUGAAACCAUUUUCAUGUUCAGAAUGUGGUAAAUGUUUUACACAAAAGUCAAACCUUGUUGACCAUCAAAGGACUCAUACAGGAGAGAAACCAUUUUCUUGUUCAGAAUGUGGGAAAUGUUUUACUCAGAAAUCUAAUCUGGUCCAGCAUCAAAGCCGUCACACUGGAGAGAGGCCAUUUUCAUGUACAGAAUGUGGGAAAAGUUUUUCCCAGAAAUCAAACCUUGCAUACCAUCAAAGAACUCACAAAGGGGAGAAGCCAUUUUCAUGUUCAGAAUGUGGAAUAUAUUUUGCACAAAAAUCUAAACUUCUUGAACAUCAGAAACAUCACACAGGGGAAGUGCCAUUUUUAAAUUUAGAUGUGUGGAAUACAUUAUAUCCAGAAGUUGAAUUGAUCCAAGACAUACGGGCUGUUGUCCUACAGCCCCAGGUAGAAACAGUUGUGUGGUGUCGUGCCCAUCCUGGGGUGAAGAAUCGGGAUUACCAAGCACUCUUAGAGCCCAUCAUACUGGACGACUACCCCUUGGUGCGAGCGGCUAGAAGUCUGGUGACAGUCCGAAAUGGGAAAGUGCCGGUGAGACUUAUCAACCUCUCUGAAGUGGCCGCACGGCUAUCCAAGUAUACCCUGGUGGCUACGCUGCACCGUUUGGACGCAAAAGAUGUGGUCUCGAAGUCGCAAGUUGUUCAACGAGGACCUGAUCAGGACCCUGCAGAACCCUGGUGGGCCCAACUACAAAUUGGGAAUGAAGACACGCCCAAGGAACAGGAACAUCUGAACCACUUGAAAGAAGUCUUCCAAGUUCUGAUUCAACAUGGGCUCAAGGUUAAACCCUCCAAGUGUCAUCUGUUGAAGCCGCAAGUACACUAUUUGGGGCAUGUAGUCAGUGCCGAAGGUGUCCAGCCCGUUCCUGAUAAAGUGAGUGCCACAAGGCAUUGGCCUACCCCCAAGACGGUGCGAGACGUCCGAAGUUUCUCGGGAUUUGCUGGCUAUUACCGGCGGUUCAUCCCACAUUUUGCUCAAAUAGCCGGGCCCUUGACCGAGCUACUGAGAGGCACUGCCCGGAAGAAUUACAAUGGAAGGUUACCGAUACAGUGGGCCGAAGAUCAGGAAAAUGCCUUCCAAGCUUUAAAGUACCUUCUCACGGCACCCCCUAUUCUGGCGUAUCCUGACUACAGCCUGCCGUUCCGUCUGUAUACAGAUGCCAGCUUUGAAGGUCUGGGCGCAGUCCUAUCUCAGGUCCAGAAUGUUUCCGGAGAACGCCUGCAUCAAAUCUUAGUCCCUCAAAGGGAUGCGGCCAUGGUCCUGAACGCAUACCACGGCCAGUCAGGACAUUUCGGGGUCCACAAGACUGAAGCCAUGGUCCGGAGAAGGUUUUACUGGAUAGGGAUGUGGGGAGACAUUGAGAAGUGGUGCGCUGAAUGCUCUGUGUAUAACGUCAUUAAGAAUCCCCGGAGGGAUGCCAGGGCCCCUCUGCAUCCCAUCCGCACAGAAAGGCCUAACCAGAUUGUUGCCUAUGAUCACGUGAAAUUGACCCCCACUCGGUCUGGCUACUGCUACGCCCUGACCAUGGUGGACCAUUAUUCCAAAUGGGUGGUCGUGGUCCCUGUCAAGGACCUUACUGCCAAGACGGCUGCCCAACUCUUCUACAGUCACUGGAUCCAACCUCUCGGGUGUCCUGAAUCGCCUGCCAUGUAUUGGGGUAUGCCAUGUCCAGCUCUACCCAGUCAACCACCAUUGGUUGCUACACCCAGCACCAGUCCUGCUCCUGUGGCUACUCUCAGUCCUGCUGCACUUUCUACACCUGACUUCAGAGAAUCUCCCAGUCCAACCGAAGAUGUUACUACUGUGUCCAGCCCUCAAGCUGGUCCCUCGGGGACUGAAGUGUCUGCAGAAUCGUUAUGUGAAGAGACUCCUGAAUGCUCUGAGGUUCCAGGAGAUUACAUAGUAGUGAACAACAUUUCUGAGGAUGAAGGAUGGGGCAAGGCCAAAAUCCCCAUCAUGGCAUCUCCACCCUAUUCACUAAUGAAUGAAAGAAGCACCAAGCAGAAAGUCCUAGAAAUCACCAACACCAUCGUAUAUCUUCUGACGGGAGAGGUUCCUGUAAGAUGUCAAGAUGCUGCUAUCUAUUUCUCCAUGGAGGAGUGGGAGUAUUUAGCAGGACACAAAGAUCUAUACAAGGAUAUUAUGAUGAAGUCCCUCAUAUAUUCAAUACAGAAGCCUCCAGCUUUGUUGUCUCCUCAUAGUUUCCUUUACAAGUCCAUAGCCGAUUCACAAAAUAAGGGCAAAAGCAAAGAGACUGAGAGUAUAUUAAGGCUCUUCAAGGAGAUUAUCUUCCUGCUGACUGGAGAGGAUUAUGCAGUAGUUCUGAGAACAUCUGGUGAGUAUCUGAGCCUCAUCACUCACCCCCAUGUGUCUUUUGAAGCAAGCAAGACCAAAAAAGUCAUCACAGAUCCUCCACCUCAUUUACUGAUACAUGAGAGUAUCCGUAAGCAGAAGAUCCUAGAACUCACCAACAAGAUCACUGAGCUGCUGACUGGAGAGGUUCCUGUAAGGUGUCAGGAUGUCGCUAUCUAUUUCUCCAUGGAGGAGUGGGAGUAUAUAGAAGAACACAAGGAUCUGUACAAGGAUGUAUGUUUGGAGAACCGCCAAGUCUUCACGUCAAAGGCAGAUGACUGCACCAAACGAUCCAUGGAACUUUCCUUAUUUCCAGAGUGUGAAGCAGAGCUUGAAGAUGUCUGUGAGCUUACUUCUGGGGAACACUCCAUUACCCCAAAUAUACCUUCAUUGCUUCCAAGCAGACAUCUGUCAUCAGAUCCUAUUAAUCAAAAGGAAACCUUAUCUGAUCAAUCACAAACUAUUAAACAAGCUAAAGGUUGUAGAAGAGAUAAAAUAUUCACAUGUUCUGAAUGUGGAAAACAUUAUAAAAAUAUAUUUAAUCUUUCAAUGCACAUGAGAAUGCACAGAAACGAAAGGCCAUUUUCAUGUUCAGAAUGUGGGAAAUGUUUUACCAAGAAAUCAAUUCUUGUUGAACAUCAACGUGUUCACACAGGAGAGAAACCAUUUCCAUGUACAGAAUGUGGAAAAUGUUUUACAAAGAAGUCAGCUCUUGCGGAACAUCAACUAACUCAUAACGGAGAUAAGCCCUUUUUAUGUUUUGAAUGUGGAAGGAGCUUCUACAAAAAAUCACAUCUUGAACGACAUCAGAGAACUCACACAGGAGAGAGGUUAUUUGCAUGUUCAGAAUGUGGGAAACGCUUUACCAAGAAAUCAAUUCUUGUUGAACAUCAAAGAAUUCACACAGGAGAAAAGCCAUUUUCAUGUUCAGAAUGUGGGAAAUGUUUUGUGGUCAAACGUCAUUGUGAGAGACAUCAAAUAACUCACACAGGAGACAAGCCUUUUUUAUGCUCAGAAUGUGGAAGAAGCUUUGGCAGAAAGUCACAUCUCAAGAGACAUCUGGCAACUCACAUGGGAAAACCAUUUUCAUGUUCAGACUUUUCUGUCUCCCUACGUGCUUUAUUUAAGUUGCAGGAGAACCCUCUGGCCAGAAGAGCACCCUGUGCACGUGGACAGGAAAAUGUUAGACACAUAAACAUUUCGACAUUAUGGACUGGAAAUGUACAUCUGGUAUUUGUUCUUGUGUCGACCUUUGGGAUCUGCACAACACCACCUCUGGACAGUCUGGAACUCUUGCAUCUUCUGGAGCUCUUGGAACUUCCAGAGCUGCGGCUGGCUUUUCCUCAGCAAACUCAGGAGCUGGUAGGAGUUCAGGACUGGCUGGAACCGGAGUCGCUGGCAGCUGUGCUGGAGAUGCAGGUUGUGACUGGCAUAGGCAAUUACCCGCCCUUGUCCUUCCAUGACUUGGAACAGGACUGCUCCCAGACCCUUGAAACUGGCAUCAGUGUACAUCCAGAAUGGCUGACUGAUUACAUAGUAGUGAAGAAGACGUCUGGUGACUGUGUGACCGCUACAAGGCACCCCUACCCGCCAGAAGUAUGGAACCACAACCUCUUUAUGGAGUCAAUGUGUCCCUCACUGAAAAAUGAGAAGAUCAAUCACCAGACCAUCCUAAAACUUACCAACAAGAUUGUUCAGCUGCUGACUGGAGAGGUUCCUUUAAGGUGUCAGGAUGUCACAGUCUAUUUCUCUAUGGAGGAGUGGGAGUAUUUAGAAGGACACAAGGAUCAAUAUGGGGACAUCAUAAUAGAAAAUCAUCAGCCCCUCACAUCACUGGGGGAGUCCAGUAAGAAACAAUUAUCACUGAAAUGUCCCAGUUCUCCACAUUCUCAGGAUUAUCUAGAGGAAAAUCACAAUGUCCGACUGAAUCAUCAGAAUCCGCAUGAAGAUCUGAUUGAUAUUAAAGUUGAAGUUAUAAAAGAGAAGAUGUAUAUAAAGGGAAGCCAACAGUGUAAGGAUGAAGAAAUUCAUGUAGAUGCCAGCCCCGCAGAUGACUGUACUAAUCUCUCAGAGGAACAUCUCUUAUUUCCGUAUUAUGAAGCAGAACUUAAUGAUAUUCCUCACCAAUUAUCAGAAAACUCUAUUAUCCCAAAUGUAACCUCAGUCCUUCACAGCAGAGAUCUGUCAUAUGAUACAUCUGAUCACAAGAAACCUCCAUCUGAUCCACCACAAACUGUAAAACAAGUUUUAACUCGCAGAGAGGAUAAAUUAUUUACAUGUUCUGAAUGCGGUAGACAUUAUAAAACUUUCUCCAAUCUUUCCAUGCACAUGAGAAUGCACAGAAACGAGAGACCAUUUGCCUGUUUGGAAUGUGGGAAACGUUUUACCAAGAAAUCAGUUCUUGUUGAUCAUCACAAAGUUCAUACAGGAGAGAAGCCGUAUUCAUGUACAGAGUGUGGGAAAAGAUUUACUAAGAAAUCAGCUGUUGUUGAACACCAGAGAAGUCACACAGGAGAGAGGCCAUUUUCAUGUUUGGAAUGUGGGAAAUGUUUCUCAAGGAAAUCAGUUCUUGUUGAACAUCAGAGAAUUCACACAGGGGAGAAGCCAUUUUCAUGUUCAGAAUGUGGAAAAUGUUUUAUGGCUAAACAUCAUCUUGAGAGACAUCAAAUAACUCACACAGGUGAGAAACCAUUUUCUUGUUCAGAAUGUGGUAGACGUUUUACCAGGAAAUGGCUUCUUGAGAGACAUCUUAGAACCCAUAUAGAUAGAAACAGUUUUAAUAUUCAAAAUGGGGAAUUGUUUUUAAUUCAAAAAUAACAUUUUCUAAACAUCAGAGAUGCAAAAAGUCUAUGUUUACACUGUAAAACUGGUUUUACAAACUAGGCUUUCUGGUGUUUGAAAUGGUUAUCCAUAGCCAUAGAUUUUAACUAAAUUAUUUGGGUAUUUUGUGCAAUAUCAAUGAGAAGUUAGAAUCGUUUCACCAAAUCAAGUUUAACUAAUUGACGGUCCAUUGUGAUGUGUCAGCAGAUCAACUGAGCAGGCUCAAAAAUAACCUGUUAUCAGUUUCAUGCUGCCUGAACCACUAAGAGAUGCCAGCUGUGUUUAUAUCUGUGCCAGAUGCUCCAUUAGGGGCUUCUGUCACAUAAUCUGUCCAAAAACUAAAUAAAUAUAUUUUUUGUCUGCUCAAAUGACAUACACUACAUCAGUGGGGUCUGUUGAGCUUUGUUGGUGUUUGUUGUGCAGCACAUAUGCCUGCUCUAUAUAUUUAUUUUAUUUUUUUAUAAAAAAAUGUUUUCCCCAUUUAUUUUUCUGUUCACAGCUGGAGCAGAGGAAACAUAGCCUCCCUCUGUACAAUCAUCUAUGGAUGAUUCACUCUGAUUUCCUGUGCCUCUUUAAAGGAGUUAUACUUAACACAAGCUGGAAACAGGACCAAUUAGGACCCAAAGGCAGGGAGAAGCCACCGUGAAGGUGGCCUCUUCCUGUCCUGAUUGGUUGAUCUCUUCUUAUACCCAAAUAGAGAGAGAUCAAGCAAUCAGGGCUGGAGGGUGGGGAGAUGCGACCAGAGAACACAUGAUAAUUAGAGCUCUGUUCCUGGCAGCAUACAACAAACAGCUUGACUUUCAGUUUGGGCUUCCUGACCACCUCCUGCCAGUGACCUAUGCAUAAGCCUUUUACAGUGCAGCUAGGGCCAUCUAAUAGGGAUCUAAUAAGUAGACCUGCAUUCAUGCAACCAGUCCUUCAGCAGCAUCAUGCUUGUCCAUGAGUCAUAAACAAGAGAUGACUCAUGGACAAGGCUGCAUGAGGAGACACGCCAAUCACCUCCCACCACCACAGGGGAAGGACAUGAUGAUUUCUAACAUUUCUAAAGAGGUAUUUUUAUAAUAAAUAUAAAACUAAAAUAGAGAAACAUAAACAUAGCCACACAUCCACAAUUUGUAUUUUGAUCUACUUGCUUCUCAGCAUAAAUUCAAAAACUCACAGGUUGUUAGUAUACAUUUUGAUCAAAAAGUACAAGUCCACUCGCCACGUCAAGGCCACCUAGUCAGAGCGGGUCCCUAACCUAACACUGGCGUAGCACCGAGUGAUGACCACUGCCUCCGAGACACCACACCCACAGGGGGUUAUUUAUAUUUUAUAUUUAUUUGUAUUGCUAUGUGUGCUAUAAUCUUGUUAUAUUGAUGAUUCACAGUAUAUGAUUUAUUAAAAUUAUAUUAUAAAAAUUA